AUGGAUGGGUACGGUGACCAAGGACGCAAUAUGUUACGCGAUGAUUCUUCAAGUAUACAUCCUAAAUUACGUGGUAAACGACGGGCUACUGAUGAUCUUUCAGGAGCAGGGGGAUCACUAGAGUCACCUCCAAGCUUAUCUGCUGUAUCAUUGCAUUUUCAUAAAUCUUCAUCGUCAUCAUCAUCAUCUCAGUCACAGAAUCAAGCCUGUGGAUCACGUCAAACAAAAGCAAUAGCACUACCGCAAGGACUCAGAUCACAGUUCGAUACGUUGGCACUAAUGGAGCAACUAAAAAAGCGCAACCUGGGACUAGAAAUUUCAACUAACGUCAAUGCGGAAUCAAUAAAUGAAACAACAGUGAAUUUGGAGGUCUGGAAGGCAAGUCGGGUAUUAGCUCGUCCUCCUGAUAUUGAGGGAUAUUUACCAGCCUGCAUUAAAGGUGUCAGGGCAAACAAAGAUAUUACUGUACAGUUCGAUAACGGUACGGAACAUGUAUUUGAAGAUGUGAUAACAUCGCUACGUGAAUACCCUGACAUACUGGCGGAUCAAGCACCAAGCUUUGAUUCGAUCAACGUUGCUGAUGUAGUUUGUGUAAAAUGGAAGAGUGACGAAAACAUGUAUCGCUUAGCAGAGGUGCUGAAAAAAACUGCUUGGCCCAUAAUGUUCCAGAUGCGUCUGCAUGUUGGUAUUUCAACUGAUUUUUGGUUUCAUCGUGCAAGUAUACGUCUGUUGCGUCCACCUUGGUAUGAUGAGUUAAAUGCAUUGAGCAGCAGCAGUUUUUUUGGUGGUGCUAUUGUCAAAAAUCGCGAUGAAAAUAGCGUAGCCUGUUCAAAUGGAUGUUUAGAAGUACUAGCAAAUGCGGCUACAAAUUUUGCACCUCUUAGUUUACAAAGUACUCAUCAAACAACCCCAUCAGGUCCUCUGAGGUCUGGUUUUUUCAGUUCAACAGAGAAUGAAUCUCAAACUUUGCAGAAAAAAUCCAGUUAUAGUGAUACUGCCGAUUCAGAUGAUGACCAAAUGAAAGAUGAUCAGGUUGAUGGUACAUCUGAUGUGAACAAUUUUUCGGGCAAAUCAACACCAAGGUCAAACCUGGGAGGAAUGGCUACAGAACGAAUGUCUGCUCAGUUUUUUGGUCUAACAUCAACACAAGCAAUUUCUACCCCCUCCACAGCAUUUGAUGAAGUUUCUCAAGCACAGCAGUUUACAGCAGCACAAGCUGCUUCAGUAUGCGCUGCUGCAAUACAGGUAAAGAUUCUGCAUCGCUUUUACCUCUACAUUAUUACUCAACAACGAAGAUAUAAAAAAGGUGAAAUCGUGACAACACCUGGUGGAAUACGUAAAAAAUUUAAUGGAAAACAAUGGCGGCGAUUAUGUAGCAAAGAAGGAUGUAAUAAGGAAUCACAACGUCGUGGGUAUUGUUCAAGACAUCUUUCACUUAAAGGAAAAUCUAUUCUUUCCGAUUCUAAUUUUGUAACUGCGCUUUCACCAGGUAUUAACUUUGAUGCUUUUUGUGGUAGUUCCAUCGAUUGGUCGCACGGUGACUUCUCAGAACUGAGUCCAGUUGAAUCACAAGGACGUCGCUUUGAUGAAACUGAUGUCGCUAAUACUCUACUGAAUCUACAUAAUACUCAUGUGCUCUUUCAAUAUUUCAUACUUCUGCGCAGUGUUGAGCAAUCUUUUGAAACACUAGGAUCAGCACAAUUGCGUCAUAUUGUUCCAACAAAUCUAUUAGCUUCAAAGUUAAUACCCAGUGGCAUGUCUCAUUUGUCUCAUUCACGCACUUUAGAAGAAACUCUCAAUGAAACGAUCAAGAUGGAUAAAAGUGUGAUUAAUUCUGGUGUAUAUCAGCACAAUUUGAAGAUUGCUACAGAUCGACUACCUGAGCAAUCUUAUCCACAACCAUGUGAUUUGUUGCCUCUUAUAUCUGUUCCAAGAAUAAAGGUCACAUUUGUUGUCUUUAAAUUCCUUGUUGACAAAAAAGAGCUAGUCGAUCCAACAAAAAGGAAGAUCUUUUUUAACAAUUUCUUGAUUCCCAGAGUUAUAUUUCAGGGUUCUUUGUCCGAACUGAAUCUUUGUAUGAAUACGACCAGUUCGUUAUUAAUGCAACUUGCCCCCCGUUUCGACCCUUUUAGUUCAUUUAAUCUGUUAUCAGAGAUAAGCAAUGCAAGGAUCUCUGAAUCAGAUGAUUCAGUGUCACCAGGAGGAGAUUUGUUAACUAAUAAGAAGCUUUCAGAGAUUGAUGAUAUAUUGGAUGAUGCAAGCACAGCUGAAACUGGUUACAUUUCUUUUUCUGUACAAUUUACAUUUGCUGUAGAUCCUGAAGUAGACGAUGGAAGUGAGAAACCGCAGUCUUGCAAAGGUGAUGGCUGCAUUGACGAGAACGAAAAUAUAACAGAUAAUGAAGAUUUCGAAGAAGAUUGUAGCAGUAGUGUUCAGGAACAAAUUUUUUCCGGAAUUGAAACAAGUGGUAUUUUUUUGAUGAAACACAAUGUAGUUACCAUGAGUAUUUUAUAUUACUGGAAUCCAGCUGAAGCGCUUUCUUCUGGUGAAAGUAUUUCAAGACACGAUGUCGUCGAGGGUUAUUCAGAAGGAGAAAUCGAUCUAGAAGGUGUCAGGCAUUCUUCGGUCGCAUGGCAUCAUUUAAUACCCCAUUUGCAAAAACGAAUAUUCGAAGAUACAUUGACGGAGUUUUCAUCAUCACUUGAUACUUUCACUCAAGAUACAGAACCGAAAGAAAUUAGUGGUAAUCAGCAGACUGGAGGUAUUCGAAAGAAUUCUGAUGAAGGGCAAAGCGCUGUGAAUCAGCAGUUUGAAAGUGAAAGCGACAGAAACAUCGAACACGAAACGAGAAAUGAUUGUGGAGAUGUUUAUAUCAGAACUUUGUGUGAACUGGAUAAUUUGAAAAACAUUUCACUUGAUCAUUUCAAUUUUGAACUGGAGGAUGAUACAUUUGAAUUGGAUACAGCUGAGGAAUCUCUGUCGAGUUCACCAAAAAAGCGUAAACUUCAUAGAGAACUCACUCCUGACGUUGUGGGCAAAAAAGUUGUUCGGGAACAUAUUCGACGACCAAUGAAUGCUUUCAUGAUAUUUUCAAAGCGGCAUCGACCGUUAGUACAUGAGAAAUAUCCAAAUCGAGAUAAUCGAACAGUUUCGAAAAUUCUUGGUGAAUGGUGGUACGCUUUGGGCUCUGAAGAAAAAGAAAAAUAUCAUGAUCUGGCCAUUCAGGUGAAGGAAGCACAUUUUCGAGCUCAUCCUGAUUGGAAAUGGUGCAGUCGUGAUAGAAAAAAGACAUCGAAUGGUGUAAGAAAAGAAAUGGGAUCAAAUGGAUGUGCGAGUGAUGGUUAUGAUCUUGAUAUCUCAGCUCAGAUGACUUCAGAUUUUAUUGAUGGAAAGCCAUUUUCAUUAAUCACUUCAACUACGCCAACCUUUCGUUAUUCGAUUACUCGAAGACCAGAAAUAAGAUUAGUUCCAGAGUCAUCAGUGGUCGAUUCUGUUAGCAUUCUGUCAUCAUUUAUGUCUCCCAACAAUGUUCAGCAGAGCUACAAACAACCUUUGGAAGUGCUGCGACCAGUCAUCAGUUCGGAAAUCGAUUGUAUGGGUCAAUCACCAGCUAAUCGGUUUCUUCAUGAUGGAAACACAGCAGUCAAGUCUGCUUUACCAUUGUUUUCUCUUCCGGUGUCAAUUUCUGGUAAAAAUGAUCAUUCAGUCCUUACUAACUUGUCUCAUGGAUCUGGAAUGCCGGACACAACUGAUUUGUUCCCUCUCUUUGGCCAAACGGACUAUGCUAUGAAAACAAAAACAAAUUGGGAUUUUAUUCAAAACGAAGAUUCUAGUUGUCGUGAAGUGCAUCAGAUAACUCUUACUCAUAUGUCUCCUGUAUAUAGUAAUGUUUUCGACAGAAAUGAAAAAAUUGAUGUUUUUUAUUUCAUUGUGAUAUCUCUAUUUUUUUAUCGUUAUUCAAGCUUUUCUGUUGAAUCUACGCGAGUGUCAGAAGUUGUUUCUUCAUGUGCCAAAACUUCAUUGUUAGUUGGUCCUAAUGCGAAAGAAAAUUUAAAUACUUUUGUGCUGAUGCCAACACCAGCUCAACGAGGAAUGGCAAAAGGGCAGAGACGAAGUAUGAAUUUUGAUUACAAUGAAAACAAAUUUGAAGAAACGAGUGAAUUGGCAAAAUCCGUUGAAAUAGCUCGAAAUUCAACACUUGUGAAAUCCAAUUACAAUGUGGAUUUAACAACAGACAUUGUCAGUGAUGAUUGUGCUGUUUCGAAUUCUUCAUCAAGUAAUGAAGAUAUUGAAUUGAAAACUUCCGUAAAAAAACUCUUUAAGCGAAAUGACGAUAGUAUGGACAGGUUAGUACAAUGUAAACAACUUGUAAUGCUGGUUCUUAAUCUUGUGGAUUUCGAGAAAAAGUUUGCUAAUUUGCCGGCUUUUACUCCUGAUGAUUCGCAAAAAGGUACAUCUUCACUACCUUCAACACCUUCAGCUUUGCUAAGGACGAUAUUAGAAAAGCAUAAAUGCUGCAAAAGUAAUGGUGAUAAAUUAGAAUCACCAUUGAACACUCCUCGCAUCGUGUAUUCAACCCCAAGAACCCCAGCAACAGCAACUACUCGCUGGGAUUCAUCCUUCUUUUUCGGUCCCAAUUUUAAUCCAGCAACAGUUCAUGAUCAUGAUGAUAGUGCAUCGCCAUUACCAGUGCAAAGCCCGAAAACACCUCAGUAUACUGCAAUAGAAAAAUCAGCGAGUCGCAAAUUGCUCGAUUAUCGAAGACAAUUAGUAGUUGAAUUACUUGAAGAAUAUGGAAUGUUCCCAUCAGGUUGCAUUUUAGGACAAGCCGUUUCGGCUUUUCAAAAUAAACACCGACAAUUUUUUCCCAGUAAACAAACAUUAACUUUAAAAAUUCGCGAAAUGAGACAGAAAAUGAUGGCAAGCAUUCAGUCCCCUAUUGCACAUGUGACAGGUAACUGUAUAAAUCAGCUUGAUAUUAAUGUGGAGAAAUUAUUUUAUUAAAU